UAUUCUAUAUUGUGUCCUACUGUUGUGUCCUUCCUGUUUCCGGUUGCGAUCAGACCGUAGAAAUGGCUCAAGGCAAACAAAAAUUUAAAGCGCAGCGACCCGGAGGAGCUAAAAAGCAACAACACAAACCGAAAGGACUCAAAAAAGGAGGAAGAAUCAUCGCUCCCAAAAAAGCUCAAGUAGUCCAGCAGCAGAAACUGAAGAAGGGUUUGGAGGUGGCCAUCAGGAACAGGAUUGAACAGGAAGUCACACAGAAGGCCAGCACGUCCCUUCACAAGAAACUCAGUGUGCUGAAGACUCCCGCGGGGAAAGGCGGCACAGCUGGACCUUCAAAACCAGCUGCUGGAUCAUCCAAGUCCACCUGAUGACAGGCAAACACUCUAGUCUGCUGUACAGCCGCUAGAUGGCGCCUCCAUAUUAAACAAAACUGAUGUUUGCACUUUCUGUGGAUUAACAGUGAAAAGUUUGUUUAUUUUUGGAAAAGGAAUCUUUCAUAUGCACAACAGGCCAUUAUCUUUUAGACUGUGCUUAUUUUAUAUAAUAAAAUGAGAAAGUAUU